AGCCACCCGCGCCUGUUCAACACAUCUUCUCGCUUUAACUCACCUCAGUCACUAAUAUUGCACUUUUACACAUAUCAUGAGCGCGUCAAGUCAAAAGUGCGCGGUGUGUGGCCGCCCCUUCGGCAUGCUGCUGUGGAAGCACACCUGCGAUGUUUGCCACCGCACCGUCUGUGACGACUGCGCUCCCCGCAACACGGAGAGCAUCGGCCCGAACGGUGAGGCAACGAAGCUGCGUGUGUGCAAGUCAUGCGGGACCGCCGGCCGGCGCCUCGGCGGCAGCACCGCCGACAACGACGCCACCGCCAACAAGAAAGACGGCGGUGCCGGACCGGUUCCUACGACGGUCCCUCGCCCCGACCCAAACAGCGAGGAGGAGCGGGCGCGUCGGACGGCCAUCAUUGAGGCGCGCAACCGGUCGCAGCAAACUCGUGGGUGUCCUCGAGCAGUGGACUCAGCAGGGCAGCGGGCCACGCCCGUGUCGCCGACCCUUCCCGCCCCCUCCCCACCGCCGGCGCCCACGAAUGACAGUAAUUCGCCCGCCGCCACCGCCACGCUCAGCUCGACUUCGCCGGUUGCUGCCACAACGCAGGAAACGCCUUCGGCGACGAUGACGCCGCCAGCGCCGUUGUCGCCGUCCGCCGUGACCAGCGCGGGUCGUCCCACUAACCCGGCUCUUGAAGCAGCGCUGCGACGUCAGCAGCAACAGCAGGCUCGCAGUGGUGCUGCGGCUGCGGCACGGGUGGCCAACACGUCACCCGAAAAGAUGCGGUUGUUGCGUGAAAUUGACGCCUUGUUGGCAAAGCAUCACGAAGAACCGCCCUUUGGUCUGCGUGCGUCGGAUGAGGCGAAGUUAAAGAGCUACCUGCAGUACCUGAAAGCGAAGUAUCACGAGUCGGAGUAA